AUGCCUCGCAAAUUUUUCGUUGGCGGUAACUUCAAGAUGAACGGUAAUGCCGAGAGCACUACCUCCAUCAUCAAGAACCUCAACUCUGCCAACCUGGAUAAGUCCGUCGAAGUUGUCGUCUCUCCUCCUGCGCUCUACCUACUCCAGGCCCGCGAGGUCGCCAACAAGGAGAUUGGAGUUGCUGCCCAGAACGUCUUCGACAAGCCCAAUGGUGCUUUCACCGGUGAGAUCAGCGUCCAGCAGCUUCGCGAGGCCAACAUCGACUGGACCAUCCUUGGACACAGUGAGCGCCGCGUUAUCCUCAAGGAGACUGAUGAGUUCAUUGCUCGCAAGACUAAGGCUGCCAUUGAGGGUGGCCUGCAAGUGAUUUUCUGCAUCGGUGAGACGCUUGAGGAGCGUGAGGCCAACAAGACCAUCGAUGUAGUCACUCGUCAGCUCAACGCGGCGGCUAAGGAGCUCUCCAAGGAGCAGUGGGCCAAGGUUGUCAUCGCCUACGAGCCCGUUUGGGCCAUUGGAACCGGUAAGGUCGCUACAACCGAGCAGGCCCAGGAAGUCCACUCUGCCAUCCGCAAGUGGCUGAAGGACGCCAUCUCCGCUGAGGCCGCUGAGAACACCCGGAUCAUUUAUGGCGGCUCAGUGAGUGAGAAGAACUGCAAAGAUCUCGCGAAGGAGGCCGAUAUCGAUGGCUUCCUCGUCGGCGGCGCCAGCCUUAAGCCUGCCUUCGUCGAUAUUGUCAAUGCCCGCCUGUAAGCUUUUGCGAGAAAAGUAAUAUUACAUAAAAGGCAAUAACUAUACAAUAUUCAUGGCGAUUGGAUGGUCACCUUUUGAAGAUUUGGUGUCGCAACGAUUCUACCAAAAACCAUAGGCAGCUCCGACAUGUAAAGAGGAAGCUUGUGUAUUAUCGUCAUACUACUUAGUUAAAAAUAAAACCGUGAAAAAUU